AUGACCAAGGCGGUGUAUGAGAGAUGGUUGAAGGAUGCCGAGAAGUGGACACCUGCUGAUGAUUGGGAUCCCACCGAGUACUACCAAUGGUGCGAGCGCCUGGCCCAGGCACGGAACAAUCUGAAGGGCACCAUGAAGAGCAUUGACGAGGAUCUCCUGCAGGAGGUCGCGUCAGUUUGCGAGAAGCACAGGGGCACGGAUGCCAAACACCGCGACGUCUCGGACAUCUCCAAGGUAAUUGUGAGGUACAGCAUUGCCUACAACUUCUUUGUCCGACGAACUUUUGAGGACAUCGAAGAGAAGCAGGCGGUGGCGCGAACUCAAAAGCAUAUGGCAUUACUGGGAAUUGGGAUGAACGAUAUCGAUCUGGCGCAGAUGCUGCAGAAGGCGGCGGAUAAGGUGCCCUUCAAAGACGCCACCAAAGGCGCCCUGGUGGAAUUCUCGAAGCAGUACAGCGCAGCCGCAGAUGUUGCAAUGAGGUGGAGAACGGAGAUCAACACCUAUGAAAAAAUCACCACUGCUCUCAUCCGCAAGCUUGUGGAAGCCAAUGUUAAGGUUGCGGACGUCCCGGGAAUUGUUGCUAAGCUCCAGGUGGAAGAGGAGAAGCUCAUGAAAGGUGAGAAUGCCGAGAAGAUGUGCAAGUUCUUCACCUCCGAUGAGGAGGUACGCUUGUUUGUCUCGCUUCGCGCGGAUCCAGCCAUCCCAAAUUCAGAGACCUUCCUAGCGCGGGAUGCUCAUAUCCUCAACUCUGUCGUGAAAUCCAAGGAACUUGAUAGUCUGCUGAACAAGGCAUUGGCCUUGGAGGAGGCCAGUUUAACUUGGGCAAAGACUAUUGGGCCCGCAGUGACAGCGAUCAGGCGGUUGGGGCGGCGUUCAGCCGGGAAAGAUGCUUCGGCGCUGGCCCAGUAUGCCAAAGACCACAUAAAGCCUUCGCACUAA